AGUGAGUCUGUUGCGUCUUUCACAAAAACAGGAAGUGUUCCGAGGUGGCCACUGACUGCACUGGCUGGUAUUGAUCUCUGCGUCUUUAGUGUUUUAAAAGGGAUUGUUCCCCUCGUGUAGAUGUACGACCAGAGCAGAGACAGCAACCGAUCAUUUUAUUUAUUACAAUUUUGAUUGCGCUAUGUACAUACGUUUGUGCUGCGUAAGUUACGUGACUCUAAAGUUUAGCUAGCAAACGAGCUAACAUGAGUCGUGUAUAAUCGGGAGAGCUCGGAGCCAGAGUGUUGUGUCCAUUUGUCUUGAUGUGCUUUCGGCCCUGCUAGCCGAAGGGUACCGAGGCCUGCCGACAUGGAGGAGCGGAAGCUGAAGAGAAAGAGCACCAGGACCCCCGCCGCGGCGACAGCGACAUCCACGCCACCCACGGGCGGUUCUGGCCGGAAAAACAGCACUUCCACCGGGGCGAAGCAUGGAGGCUUCAGCCACGGAAUGGGGCAGCAUUCCAACCAGAGGAGCAAGAAUAGAAGGGGAGUUCGAGACAAACCAAAAUAUCAGCCAGGUUCGGGCGUCCGCCCUACCCCGAACCAGAACCAGGCUGCCCCCAGCAUCCAACACUCGUUCCUGACUGAUGUCUCUGACGUGCAGGAGAUGGAGAAUGGGCUCCUCAGCCUCCUCAAUGAUUUCCAUUCGGGGAAACUCCAAGCUUUCGGUAACGAGUGCUCCAUUGGGCAGAUGGAGCAUGUGCGGGAGAUGCAGGAAAAGCUGGCUCGCUUGCACUUUGACCUCUAUGGCGAAGCGGAUGAGAUGCCAGAGGACCAGAGGAAAACAGCCCGAGACACCAACAUGGAUAAGUUGCUGUUGAACCUGGAGGAGCUCAGUUCUUCCAUGUAUCCUUCUCUGACCUCACCUGAGAGACAAAACGCUUUUGUUCCGUUCAAGGGAAAGACCUGUGCUUGUUUUCUACUUUAACUUGCUUUUCCAGCCAGAAACUAAACUUGACCGACUGCCAAGAGACCCCCAGGCCCGCCAGCAUGUGACUGCCCCCCCCCCCCCCCCCCACUACCGGCUAUUUGUCGGCGAGAUGCAAAAGCAAAUUCCGAUGCGGAUGACGCCAACCUUACCUUACUAAACAUCCACAUGCCAGUAGUUUAGUCACUAAUACGCUUCUUUACCAUCCUGUCUUGACUGAUCACCAGCACGGCAUCUCGUAGGGGGGGCUCUACAGCACCCAGAGUGAUAUAAUGACUCCACGACAGAUGCACAGCACUCUGUUGCACUUUAUAUUCGUAUUACUUCUUCUAACUUCCAGGCCAAUCAGUGUGUAAUUGAACUAAUUUGUUAAAUUUUAUUGUUGCAGAGCCAAAAAAAGUUGACUUCAUGACUAUGCCUUAUCAAAAUCAUUUUUUGUAAUAAUUCUGUUGCACUUGUGACUUCUGUGAUUGUAGGUCUCAGGCAUCAUUUGGCUGGGAUUCUUUUUACAUAAUGAAAGGUUUAAGCAUGCAUGAUGAUUUUAUUUUUGAUUGAUUUGCCAAUAAAAAUGUGGAUAACUUGG